GGUGAGGAGGAGCGAGAGGCGGUGAGGAAGUGCGUCCUCCCCGGACUCCAACCGGCGACCAUCCAGCUCCUGUCAGCUGGAGGAGAUAAAGGAGCGGCGGUCCGGCUGUCAACCACCCGUCAGAAGGCCGGUGCGGCGCGGUCACAUUUACGGGGAGAAACGUGGAAGAAAAAGCGGAUUAAAUUUAAAAAAAAUAAAAUAAAAAAAAGAAGAGAGAAAGAAAGAAAGAAGGUGAAAGAGAAAGAGAAAAUGAACGCGACGGAGCUCACGGCCCCGCCGGCGGAGUACGACUUCGAGCGGCACUUCGACGAAAUACGAGCCUUUGAAUGGAUGCAGGAGAACUGGAACAAGGCCUUCAUGUUCUGCGGCCUGUACGCCGCGCUGGUGUUCGGCGGGCAGCACUUCAUGAGGGAGCGGCCCAAGCUCAACCUGCGGCGCCCCCUGGUGCUGUGGUCGCUCAGCCUCGCCAUCUUCAGCAUCAUCGGAGCCCUGAGGACGGGAUCGUACAUGCUGCACAUCCUCACGAGCAGCGGCUUCAGGCAGUCGGUGUGUGACAACAGCUUCUACAGCGCCCCCGUCAGCAAGUUCUGGGCCUACGCCUUCGUUCUCAGCAAGGCCCCCGAGCUGGGCGACACGAUGUUCAUCAUCCUCCGGAAGCAGCGCCUCAUCUUCCUGCACUGGUACCACCACAUCACCGUGCUGAUCUACUCCUGGUACUCCUACAAGGACCAGGUGGCGGGCGGCGGCUGGUUCAUGACCAUGAACUACGUGGUUCACUCGCUCAUGUACACAUACUACGCGGCCCGGGCGGCCGGCCUGCGGGUGCCCCGUCCCUGCGCCAUGAUCAUCACGGCCACCCAGAUCCUGCAGAUGGUGAUGGGCCUGGCGGUCCUGGGCCUGGUGUACCGCUGGAUGCACGAGGUGCGCUGCCCGUCCUACGUGGACAACAUCGCAUGGGGCUCCCUCAUGUACCUCAGCUACCUGGUCCUCUUCGCCGUGUUCUUCUACAGGUCCUACCUCGGAGGCUCCUCCUCCGGGGACAAAGGGGCCAAGGCAGAGUAGCGGUGCGUCCGGUGACGGUGAAGCGUGCCAUAGGUAGAGCCACAACCAGCUCACGGGUUGGCGCUCCGACCUUAUUUUCACUUGACUUAAUUUUUUUACAGGCGUCUGUAGCUCGACAUGGUGACACGUUUACAGAUUCAGAGCAACGGGCGGACUCGCUAGCUCUGUUUGGAGCUCAUUUAAAUAUUUAAAGGCACAGUGCGGACCGGUUCAGACUCGCUAGCUCUGUUUGGAGCUCAUUUAAAUAUUUAAAGGCACAGGGCAGACUGGUCUGGAGCUCAUUUAAAUAUUUAAAGGCACAGGGCGUACCGGUUCAGACUCGCUAGCUCUGUUUGGAGCUCAUUUAAAUAUUUAAAGGCACAGUGCGGACCGGUUCAGACUCGCUAGCUCUGUUUGGAGCUCAUUUAAAUAUUUAAAGGCACAGUGUGGAGCGGUUCGGGGGAUCUAUCAGCAGAAACGGAAGAUAACGUUCAUAAAUGUGUUUUCAUUAGUGUAUAAUCACCGGAAUCGAAGAAUAGUUUUUUCGUUAUUUUAGGAUGAACACAUCGGGCUCGGGAGGCGGAGUCCACCGUGUUGCACCUCCAUGUUUUUUCCUACGGUAGCCCAGAACGGACAAACUAAUCUCUGACUUUGAUCAUUUGCCAUUUGAUGAUUCAGUUGGUUGCAAUCUGCAAACAAACCACUAGGUGCCACAGAACCCGACACACUGUGCCUUUAAGAAGAUGAAUUGGGGAAUAACGUCGUCCUUGCCGCACUUAUAUUAUCGCCUUGUGACUCUUGACCAGUAAAAAAAAAAAAAAUACGUAUGAGGGCCAAAUGUUUGUUUGUCGUAACCAAAAAGUGAUCAUGCUAAAAAGCUCUGAUUUAAUGGACUUUAUAAUUUUUUUAAGGUACAGUUCAACAUGUUGCGUUGUUAGCUUAGCAUAAAGUCGUGAAGUGGGAGGUUUUAUGCUUAAGUGGAAACAAACAAAAAAACUUUAAAAGAACUUAAAUAUUUGACCUGUAAUUAAUGGAAAUAAUGAGUAAAAACGAUAACUGAUGGUACGUUAUAACGAUAUCGCGAUGUGUUCAAAUGUAAUCUUGUCAAAUUUAGUUUUUUGGGCGAUUAGAUCAUCUGAGAUUUCUAAUAAUUUAUUAAAAACUAAAGUACAUGAGAUUAAUUGUUUAGUUUUAGUUUUUUUACUCUUGUAUCAAGAAUCAUGUCAUUUCACUCCUAAAGUUCUGGUAUCGUGACAUCAGUACAGAGACGAUGGUACCAGAGCUGUUGCAACAACAACAACAACAACAACAAGGCUUCAGAAAGCUGAAACUCCCCUAGAAUCAAAAACUGUCUUUUUAAUUUUUUCUGUUCACGUGCGAAUAAAACAAACAAGAUAAAACGUGUUAAUUAACGAGCGGCGCUAGCUGUUCCCCUCCACUUCCUGUCUUUAUGCUAAGCUAAGCUAACAACGCUCAGAAUUACCCAAAAUGUUGAACUCUCCUCUUUAUUAAGAAAAGGGAACAAAGACUUCAUAAUGCACUGAAUGAAAGAAGGGUGUUUUCUAAUGUUUAGACACACACACACUCACACACACACUCACACACACACACUCACACACUCACACACACACACACACACACACACACUAUACGUGGCAUUUUAAACGUGUGGGUCUGAAACCUGCUCAUGAACUACACACUCUCUGUCUUUCCGUCUUUGGCGUCGGCCGACGCACACUGUUUUCCAAACGAGGAACACUUGACGAUCGAUCGGUCACGUUCUCCACGUGCGCUCUCGCCACACGUGCACUUUGACAUCCGAUCCGAACACAUUCCUCGGCCGUCCAGAAGAAGAAGAAAAAACACCGGUUGCGUAAUACGUUGUUUAGAGUAUCAAGUCCUCCUGCCGCUCGUCCUUUCUGUUUCUUUUGUUUAAAACAACAACAACAACAACAACAACAACAACAAGAUGUUUACAAUCUGUGCACACGUUGCCUUCUGCAGCUCACCUGAGAACUUACCCCCCCCCCCCCCCCCAUGUGCGUUCGUGUCUGGAUCUGUUUUAUGAACCUCUGAGGAACCCCACAUCAGCUCUUAUCGUAGUACUUAUCGUAGUACUUAUCGUAGUACUUAUCGUAGUACUUAUCGUAGUACUUAUCGUAGUACUUGUACUGCAGAUAGACUUCAGUCGGUUAUCUAAUAACCUGUUCUAGAAUUCUCGGUCAGCGUUUGAAGCACAAGAGGUUUAUUUUAUUUUGUCUAACAGACUUUGAGAUAAAAGAAAAGGUAAAAAAAUAUAUAUAAACUACGCUUCCAAUCUUAAAGAGUUGAGAAGUUAAUUAAAGUCUAAGUGAACACAAAUGUGAGUUCAUGUUGAUUAAAAUGUACGAUAACUUCAUUUUACCACUAAAGUAAUGGCACGUUUCCUUUCUGGAGGAAAACCGGUGAAGAUGUUUAAAUCUGGAAGUCACUGGUAGUGGGGAAGGAUUUAUGAGGAUGUUAAGUAUCCAGUAUUUCACCAGGGAUAUAUAUAUCUAUAUAUAUAUAUAUAUUAGUUAAAGUUUGGGAGCUUUAACGUCAUCCUCCUGUACUUGUACACUUCUGUUCGUCCUCUUUUUUCCUUGUGUGCUGUAAUCCAGAUUAUCAUCCCCCAUCAACACGGAUCUAUAAUAAAACGUUAAACGGGGCCACACCCACUGAGCUGCUAACGACGACGUGUUUGUACAUAAUGAGAAUCUAUUUAUUUUCUAUACGUAUUCCUCCAGCAGAUCUGAGGUUCAUUCCUCUUUUAUUGGGGUUGUUUCUCUCCGUCCACAUGUUUGGUCGGUCUGGUGAAACUGUAUGGAAGCCCAUUGGUGUGUAAAAACUAAAAAUAAGAUGAAAGUUUGGUGUGAGAGUAAGAAAUAUCCCCACGGUAACUCAUAGUUAUGAGAUACAAAGUCACAAUUAUGAGAUACAAAGUCAUAGUUAUGAGAUACAAAGUCACAAUUAUGAGAUACAAAGUCACAGUUAUGAGAUACAAAGUCACAAUUAUGAGAUACAAAGUCACAGUUAUGAGAUACAAAGUCACAAUUAUGAGAUACAAAGUCACAGUUAUGAGUUACAAAGUGAUAAAAGGCGCCGUUGAAGCACACUCAAAUUGACUUUCUAUCUCAUAAUUUUGACUUUCUAUUUCAUAAAUAUGACUUUCUAUCUCGUACAUAUGACUUCUAUGUAUUAGUUGACUUGUUGUUGAACACAUGACGUUCUGCCGCUUGGUGGGAGGAGCCGACGUUCACGAGCUGCCAGAGCGCCUUUAAAUAAAGAAAAGGGACUUUUUGUUUUAUUGGACCUCAGUUUGUGGCGUUGGGAUAUUUUCACCACUUUUAAAUCUAUAAGUAUUCAUUUAUUCCGGCCUCAAACGCACCUUUUUGAGUGUGACGUGAUUCAUCUUCACCGCCAACAGGAAGUACUUGAGUCCUUCUGUGCUACUCAACAUGUAGUCUUACUGUGAAGCAGCCGCGGGAUCAAGCGGGUCAGACCUCGUUGGAAAACCUUUUUUUUUAAAAUUGUUGUGCCAAAACGAUGUUUUUAAUUUCUUUUGUGGAAUCGAAGUGACGUGUUCUGUGAAUUCAGAGUCGGCGGCUCUCGAAGGAGAAGAACGACAGUUCAAAGGGCUUGAGUGUUGUUUCAAUAAAUACGUCACAAUAAUGGUUUUAAAA